CCUUCUUUUGAUCCCCAAUCUUUCUUUCUCUCCAUCUUAAAGCUUUCAAGUCCUUUUAAUAAACCAUCAAAUACCCAUUUUUCCUCAUCAAUUAUUUGCAAAAACCGGACAAAAAUCAAGUCGGAUUAGCUAAAAUUUGCGGGGAAAUUUGUGAGUGGAGAAUCGCUGAAGGGAAAAGGGGUGAUGAUGACGAUAGAAGGAGUAAUGGACACGGCGGUUUUGGAUGAUAUAAUACGAAGGUUAUUGGAAGGGAAAGGAGGGAAACAGGUUAAACUUUCCGAGGAAGAGAUUCGUCAGCUUUGCAUUAAUGCUAAGCAGAUCUUCAUUUCUCAGCCUAAUCUUCUUCAGAUCAGUGCUCCCAUUAGAAUCUGUGGUGAUAUCCAUGGACAAUACCAAGAUUUGUUGAGGGUAUUCGAGUACGGUGGGUAUCCACCGGAAUCGAACUAUUUGUUCCUUGGGGAUUACGUAGACCGAGGCAAGCAAAGCUUGGAGACCAUAUGCUUGCUUUUGGCCUACAAAAUAAGAUGCCCAGACCGGAUUUUUCUCUUGAGAGGGAACCACGAGGACGCUAAGGUCAACCGGAUCUAUGGGUUUUAUGAUGAGUGCAAAAGGAGAUUUAACGUUAGUCUUUGGAAACUUUUCACCAACUGCUUUAACCAUUUGCCCGUGGCUGCACUCAUUGAUGAGAAGGCGCUUUGUAUGCACGGUGGGUUGUCUCCGGAUUUGGAAAAAUUGGAUCAGAUCAAGGAGAUCGAGAGGCCAACGGAAGUUCCCGACGGUGGUCUUCUAUGUGACCUACUCUGGUCCGACCCUAAUCCGAAUGUAGAGGGUUGGGCGGAUAGUGAUAGAGGCAUUUCGUGCACUUUCGGUGCCAAUGUUAUUGCUAACUUCUUGGAAAAGAAUGACCUCGAUCUCAUUUGUCGUGGUCACCAAGUGGUGGAGGGUGGGUAUGAGUUUUUUGCUAAUAGGAAAUUAGUAACAAUAUUUUCAGCUCCAAACUAUGGUGGAGAUUUUGACAAUGCCGGUGCUCUGUUGAGUAUUGAUGAAGCUCUUGUGUGCUCCUUCGAGAUAUUGAAACCAGCAGUGCCAAGCAAUAAGGUCAAUUUAAAGAAGCCACAGAAGAUCGGAACAACCUGAUGCGGCGUGAACUGAGAAGUUUCCGGGAGGGAUGUUGUUGAUCGACACAUACAAAUUUCCGACAAGCUCGAUCGGAAAACUGUACUUCGGUUU